CAUCAGAUUGCCCGUUCUUUCGCUGCAGUGCGGUUGAAGACCUUCUUGUUCGAGCAGUCGGGCUAAAUCGAUUCACAAUGCCGGCUUCUUGUCAGGAUAUCAGGAAUGCACUGGCGCAAUGCCUCCAAGAAUCCGACUGCAUCAUGGUCCAACGACACACCCCGCGGGAGUGUCUGAGUGACCCUCACGUCGACCAGCUCCCGAUGCGAUGCCAGCAGCUGCGGAAGGGCUUUAGCGAGUGCAAACGCGGCUUGAUCGACAUGCGCAAACGAUUCCGCGGGAACCAGCCCAUCUCGGUAUCGACCGAACUCGAGGGGGGAAGCUCCAACAAAUCCCAGCAGUUGUAUGCUGGCAAGCCGGCGUUCGAGUCGGUCAAGGAGAUCAGCGGAGAUGAGGUGAAGAUGGAUCCCGAGAAGACGCGAGGUCUGUGACGAGGGAAAAGAAAUGAUUGGUGUCACCUAGUGGAUGCGGGUAAGUUGUCAUCAAGAACAACGAACCCCCCGGCUCCAUCUUGGCAUUUGGGCUUGACUGCUCCGCUCUAUCCAUUUUACUCUUUGUUGCUGUUUAUCUGCACUGGCAUGGUUUUGGAGUUGAUUGGAAGAAUGUAUGGGAUUGUGCUUUCCCUCCUCUCACGUGAUUACUCUAGGACUACGUUCUGGAACUAUUGUACUGUACAUACUUUGAAAGAAGCUCUUGCGAGCAUUCUCUACAA